AUGUAAGAAAUUUGAAUUCAACAGGUAGCAGUCCUAAUACACUAUCAACAUCUCCAAACACGGGUGCUUCUUUAACACCUAAUAGCUUGAGGAGUCAAUCAAAGUCACCCACAAACUUGGGACUCUCACCUACAAAUUUGGGACUAUCACCUACAAACUUGGGACUCUCACCAACAAACUUGAGUCACUCACCUACAAACUUGAGUCACUCACCUACAAACAUGGGACAUUCACCUACGAACCUGGGAAAUUCACGCACUGGUCCGUUUAAACCAGGGUUACCGACAAAACCGAAUCAACAUCUCGGUUCACAAAAUGGACGAUCGCAAACCUUUGAUGUUCAACGUGAUGUUCAUCGUGAUUCCGGAGAAUAUGACUAUAAACCUGCCAGUAACAAUUAUAAUCAAGUACAAGAUCGAAUAAGUGACCCGUCAUCUUCUAGUUCUAUAAAUCGUGUACAAUUCAUGUCAUCUCUUAAACGUUCUAAUUCGAUAAGCUCUUUGAAAUCGGUUGCCAGUAUUGCAGUAAUGAGAGAGACAAUCUAUGAAUCACCUCCUUGUAAAAUAUUCUGUUGGAUUAAUGGCAGCUGGAGUCCUUUGACAACAAAAGAUAUAUGUGCAGUAGAAGUACGAGUAACAACUAUGAAUAAAGGUUGUUGGGCUAUUUUAUUAAAAAACAGUAACCGUAUGGUACUUAACGCUUGGAUUCAUCCUAAUACUACGAUAAACAGAGAUUCAGAAACUAAUGUUAGCAUUUCAUGUGACAUGGGAUUGAACAAAGAAUUUUAUCGUGUUUCAAUGCCAACACCUGAAGAUGCAGAUCGAUUCCUUGCAAAUUUACAUAAAGUUAAGCAAUUACCUGUAGAGAAUCCCAAUCUCUUAUCACCACAAGGAUUAUUGAAAUCUCGUUCAUCAUCAUUACAAUCAUUAAAACAAAAUGAUAGUCGUGAAGUUGGAAAAUCCCUGACAUUAGCAAUGGAAUGCCGAUGUAGAGUAUUUUUACAAAAUGAUCAUGGAAUAUGGACAAAUCUUGGAUGGGGAAAUAUGAAAUUAGAAAUUGAAUCUCCAUCACAACGAAAGAAAAUACUAAUAAAUAGUGAGAAGCAGAACAAGAAAUUGGUUGAUUCAGUUGUUCGAGAAGAUGGUGUAGAACGAGUUGGCAGAGCUGGCGUAGCUAUUACUUUGAACAAUGUAGAUAAAACGAAUAAUAGAAGAAUUAUUUAUAUGAUGCAAAUGAAAGAGGAAGCUACAGCUGUGAAAGCUUUUGGAAUUAUGAAACAAGGAAAUAGAUAA